GAACCGGGGAGGGGGUGCCCAGAGAUAGGGCUGCCCCGCUGGCAUGAGGACAGGGCCUGUGGGUCCUCCACGCCGCACCCCAAGAUGGACGGGCAGCAUUCGGGAAAGCAGCGCAGCCACACCGCGGCGGACAGGACGUCAGCCCUGUCCCCGGGCCCGAGAAUCUCCUCCCGCAUCUCGGAAUCCACGCAGGACCUGUCCCACCGAAAGGCACCUCAGACCUCUGCCCACGGGGACAGGCCAGCACACCCCCCCACCAUCCUCCUGCGCAAGUCCAACAGCAGCCAGGCGGCCCUGGGGCCCCAGACGCACCACAUGUUCUUGGAGAAAGCCUACAACGCAGCCAUCUGCUUCAAGAUGCUCCGAGACCUGAACGGCUCCGACCCCAUCCGCCUGAAGUACAUCGUCAAGAAGAUCAAGAGCAUGGCGUACAAAGCCCCCAACCUGGUGCUGGAAACGAUCCACGACUACUUUGCCGACAACCCUGAGAUCUCCAACCGGCACAAGUUCCGGCUGUUCCACAUUCUGGAGACCAUCAUCGGGGCCAGCGACGCCCUGGAGGAGACCUGGGAGCAAGCCUUCAUGAAGCUGGCCCUGGAGAACAUGACCAAGUCCACGGAGCUGGACGAGGCGUACCAGGACGCGGCCGGCAACGUGCUGGUGGCCAUCUGCAGGCACUCGUGGCGGGCCGUGGCCCAGCACCUGGAGGCCGAGGUCCUGACGGGCGUCUUCCCGCACCGCAGCCUCCUCUACGUGAUGGGCGUCCUGACCUCUAAACAGGAGCUCUUGAACCAGGAGGAGAAGGCGUGCUGGGAGGAGUGGCUGAUCAAGAUAGCCUUCAAGUCGACCCAGUUCCUGAAGGUGGACGUGUGGUCCAGGGAGCUGCUGUGGGUGCUCACCAGGCCUGACCGGACCGUCCAGGAGCAGGCCCCCGAGAAGGCCUUCCUGUUCGUCUUCUACGGGCUGGUCCUUCAAGCGGAGGACGACAGCGCCAGGGUCAGGACGCACCUGGGCACCCUCCUGGGGACGUCCCACCAGUGGCCAAAGCAGAGGGAGGGCAUCGCCCUCACGGUGGGGCUGACGGCGGUUCGCCACCUGGACCACGUGUGGGCCGCCCUGGAGCAGUUCGGCCGGAGCUCGCCCAUCAAGUGCAGCCUCCACAGCUUCUCCCCGAAGGCCCAGACGUCGGAGGACCUGCGCUGGAAGUGGGCCAGCAGCACCCUCCUCCUGGCCUACGGGCAGAUGGCGGUCAAGGCCAAGGCCCACAUCCUGCCGUGGGUGGACAACAUCUUGUCCCGGAUGAUCUUCUUCUUCCGAUACAGCUCCUGGGACGAGACCCUGAAGCAGAGCUUCCUCACCGCCAUCCUCAUGCUGGUGGGCGCCGUCAGCCGCAGCGAGGCCGCCCACAGCUACCAGUUCUCCCAGAUCCCCGAGCUCUCGGAGUGUCUGAUGGUUCUGAUGGAGAAGGAGCCCAAGGACACGCUGUGCACGCCGACCCGCCAGCAGACCAUCCACAUCAUCUGCAGCCUCUGUAAGCUGAGGCCGCCCCUGAACCUAGAGAAGAAGUCGCGGCUCCUGACCGUCUGCCUGCGCAGCGUGCUGGCCCUGCCGCUGCUGGACGUGCUGGAGAAGCACACCUGCCUCUUCCUGGAGCCGCCCGACGUCCAGAACCUCUACAGCCAGACCUCCGAGGCGCUGGACCAGAUGCUGCAGACCUUCAUCACCCAGAACCCCACGGCCGAGGAGCUGCACUUCCUGCUGUCGCAUCUGUAUGUGUGGCUGGCGUCUGAGAAGGCGCACGAGCGGCAGCGGGCUGUGAACAGCUGCAUGAGCCUCCUCAAAUUCCUGAGCAAUAACCUCUACCUGGACCCGAAAGAGGACUUCAAACGGAUCGGGCAGCUGAUGGGCAUGCUGGGCAUCCUGUGCCAGGACCCGGACAAGGCCACCCAGCACUCCAGCCUGGAGGGCCUGGGCCACCUCUACCAGCUCCUGCUGCGCCAGAGAGCAGAGGCUUCGCGGGUGAAAGAGCCGGUCCCCAAGAAGCUCGUCCAGGCCGGCCAGGACGGGGCCCUGCUCUGGAGCAGCGGAGACCAGAAGGCCGCGCCCCCCGCGCCCCCCGCGCCCCGGGAGGCAGCGUUCCCGAAGGACCAAAUCUUCCAGCUGAGCAGCCACCAAGUCACCAAGGAGGUCAUGAAGCAUCUCACCCUGGCGGAGCUGACCGACCUCAUCUGGACGGCCGUCGAGGGCCUGGGCUCCACCAGCCCCUUCCGCGUGCAGGCGGCCGCCAGCAUGCUGCUCACUGCCGUCCAGGAGCACGGGGCCCAGCUGGAGACUGUUGCCAACCUGGGCCAGGCCAUCCACCUGCAGCUCUGCUCUGUCCGCAUCCCCCAAGCCAAGGACGAUGCUCUGCAGGCCAUCACCCUGCUGGCCCGGAACCACACCCCCGAGCUGGUGGCCGCCUUCCUGGACUUCUCCAUAACCCUGGACAGCCACGCCUUCCAGCUGUGGAGGGCCCUGGGGGCCGAGCAGCGUGGGAGCCGCCUGGUGCUGGCCACCCUGCUGGCCUGGCUGCAGGAGAGGCCCCUGCCCGGCGGGCCCAGCCACGGCGGCCUCCCGCCCGCGGACAAGGCCCACCUGCGCUUGCUGGCUGCCACCAACACGCUCCACAGCCUGCAGCUGGCGCAGGAGUUCAGGAAGACGGUGCGGGAGGCCUACCCGCAGCUGCUGCUGGCCCUCCUCACGCAGGUGCACUACGUCCUGGAAGUGCGCCUGCCCUGGGAGCCGCCGCCGCGCCCCGGCCGGGCGGCCGCCGUGUCCAGCCCCCUGAGCAUGUCGCUGGAGGCACUGAAGAGCUUGCUGUUCACCACGGGGCACUGCCAGGACUUCGCCCGCCUGGAGCUGCAGGACGCCUGGGACCUCUUCACCAACCUGGACACCUACCCGCAGGGCGUGGGCCUCCUGGCCAGGGCCAUGGUGCAGAGCCCCUGCCGGCAGAUCAAGGCCGUGGCCAGCCAGCUGCUGCCCAGCCUGCAGAGCCAGGAGGAGCGGGCCAGGAAGGUGGCCAUCCUCAUCCUCAAUGAGUUCCUCUACAGCCCCGCCCUGCUGGAGGUGCUCCCCGCACGGGACGCCCUGAUGGUGCUGGCCCAGAGCAUCAGGGACCCCAGCCCCGCCGUCCGGGUGCUGAGCCUGCAGGGCCUGGGGAACAUCCUCUUUCACCCCGAGAAGGGAAGCCUGCUGCGCGGCCAGCUGCCGCUCUUCCUCAAGGGCUUCUUCCGGAGCAGCGAGCCGGUGGUGGUGCGCGUCAUGGGCACCGUGGCCGACGCGCUGCACCGCCUGGGGGCGCACGGCGCCGGCGCCCACAGCCUCCCGCUCGCCCUCAACGCCCGCUCCUUCUUUGACGACGAGCGGGACGCGGUCCGGGCGGCGGCCAUCGCGCUGUUCGGGGACCUGGUGGCAGUGAUGGCGGGCAGGGAGCCCAGCAGCCUGCGGACCCAGGUGCACCAGGGCCUCGUGCCGCUGCUCCUGCACCUGCGGGACCGCUGCCCCGCCGUCGCCACGCGGGCCCGGUUCGCCUUCUACCGCUGCGCGGCGCUGCUGCGCUGGCGGCUGCCGCACACCCUCUUCUGCGCGCUGGCCUGGGAGCGCGGCCUCAGCGCGCGCCACUUCCUCUGGUCCCGCCUGAUGACCCAGAGCCAGGAGGAGCUGAGCAUCCACCUGUCACAGGCCCUCAGCUACCUGCACAGCUGCAGCCACCGCAUGCGGACCUGGGCAGCGCUCUUCCUAGGUUACACCACCUGCUACCACACCCGGGCCGUGUCCCAGCUGGUGAGCGACGCGGAACUGAAGCUGCUGCUGUGCACUUUCGAAAAUCUCAAAAAGGAGCGGGAGCCCGGCAUCCGAGGAUUCGCCACCAGCCAGUGCCGCUUCCUCCGAGAGUUAGCAGCCAGACGGCAGUGACCGCCGCCACCCCCCUCCCCACCCCUCCCCAUGCCACCACUGGUCAGCCCCGCCCCGCCAGCACAGAGUGGUAGCGUACAUUUUUUCAUUUGAAAGAAAGAUCUAGAUUCAACAAAGACGCGUCCCGCCUGUCAGCUCCCUGCCCACCCUCCCUGGCCCCCAGGGGACCCAAGCCAGCCCGGGAGACGCUGACAGGACCAGGGGACAGGGCCAGGGGACAGGCCAGGCCUGCGGUGUGGGCAGGGCAGGCCGGGUCCUCCAUGGACAAGCUGAAGUCUGUGUGGGGCCCUGCAAAGGACAGCCCCUCCCCGCCAGCCCACACCACGGCCACCAGGGGCCCUGGGCUCCGGCCGCACAGUCCUCAGAGGGCCUCCAGCUUGGACCCCGUAGUCACCAAGGCGGGGAUGGCGAUGAGGAAGGGGUCCCUGGGCCGAUGGCCCCCUCUACCCUCAACCCCAUCCUGAGAUGAGGGUGCCAGGCAGACUGGCCCCGGGGCGGCAGCCGAGCAGCCUGGGCCCAGAGGCGGACCUGCCCGGUGGGGCCCGGCUCCCCACUCAGAGGCUGAGUCCAGAGGGGGUCCCUUCCCGACAGGGCCCCGACUCCCUGGAGACCCACCUGACCUCGGGGCCUGGGCUUUCCCGCUCUGCCCCUCCUCACCUUCCACCGGGAGCACCUC